AGACGACGUACCGGUGCGACAGACACUACACCACGAGUCCAAUGAAGUGAAGAUAAUGACAAACAAUAUGUUUUCCAAAACACUCUUUAUAUCCAACGUUUCCAAUGAGGACUCCGGGAACUACACGUGUAUUGCGUCCAAUAGGGUGGCCAACACCUCCUACUCCACCAUUUUGAAUGUUCAGGUUCCCCCAAAAUGGGUGAUCUCUCCGAUGGACACGGAGGCCAUAGUGGGCCAGAAGGUGGUCAUGAAUUGUGUGGCCAGCGGUCAGUCACGUGUUUGGUGGGAGAGGUCGGAGGUGGCGGAC